AUGGUCAUCCAGGCGCUGACGAUCCAUGGGUUCAAGUCGUUUCGCGAUCCCGUCAGCAUAACGACUUUCAGCCCCGCGCAGAAUGUCGUCGUCGGCCGGAACGGCAGCGGUAAAAGCAACCUCUUUGCCGCGAUCCGAUUCGUACUUGGCGACGCGUACACGGCGUCCCUGACGCGUGAGGAGCGGCAGGCGCUCCUGUUCGAUGGCUCAGGCGCCGUAUCCACCACGCUCUCAGCCUACGUGGAAAUCACCCUCAGCAACGAGGACGGUCGCUUCCCCGUCCAUGCCGACCAGAUCGUGCUCCGCCGCACCAUCAGCCUCACACGCGACGACUACAUGAUCGAUCGCAAGAGCGCGACAAAGCAAGACGUCGCCAACCUGCUCGAGUCGGCCGGAUUCAGCGCUAGCAAUCCAUACUACAUCGUCCCACAGGGCCGCAUCACCCACCUCACCAACGCCACCGACGCUGAACGCCUCGAAGUGCUCAAAGACGUCGCAGGGACGCGGGCCUAUGAGCAGAGACGCGCCGAAAGUCUCGACAUCUUGCGAGCGACAGACGCACGCUACCAAGGCUCGUCUGAGCUCCUUUCGCAGCUAGAAACGCGCCUGGAGGAACUAGCGCGCGAGCAGGGCGAACUCGAAAAGUUUUAUGCCCGCGAUCGCGAGCGGCGAUGCUUGGAAUAUACCAUCUACCAGCGCGAGCUCGUCGACGUGUCGGACAUGCUCGAAACGCUCGAGCACGAGCGCCGUCGAGAGGUAGAUGAGUCAAAUACCCGGCGCGAGAAAUGGGCACAGCACGACCAGGCCCUCGCCGAAUACGAAGCUCAACACGCCCACAUUCAGCAACAGAUGGAGCAACUCGCCCUCGAUCAGGCCCAGCUCGAACAUGAGCGCCGUGAGCUCGCCAAGGCCCAAGCGCAGCUCGAUAACCGCCUCGAAGAUGCAGAUCCGCGCGAAACCGUUCUCCCGACCCAAUUGGAUGGCUUGACCGAGACCAUGGCUCAACGCGAGGCACAACUAGCCCAGCAGACGCGCGAACAUACCCAGGUUAUGCACGAGCUCGAGGCCAAGCGUGCUGCCUUUGAGCGCGAUCGCACUCGCAUGUCCGCACUCUACGCCAAGCAGGCACGCGCAGCGCGAUUCCAGAGCGUCGCAGAUCGUGACGCUGCCUUGCACGCCCACAUGUCCGACGUAGAUCAAGAGGCCGCCGCGCUCGACCAUGCCGUGAAGGAGGCGCAAGCAGCUUGCGAUGCGGCGAAAGCCCAAGCCGCUGAGCUGGCAGGGCAGCGCACGUCACUCGAGAGCCAUGUGGCGCAACAAGGCGCCGACCUGGCGUCUAUGCAAGACGAAUGGCGCACAUUGCGUGACGAGCGCGACGCGCUUCUCGAGCACAAAAAGGAGCUCUGGAAGCAGGAGACCAAAACUAGUGCGCAACUCACGCAUGCGCGCGACGAACUGAGCUCGGCGCAGCGCAGCUUGGUCGGUACAAUGGAUCGCGCGACCGCCGCAGGCUUGCAGUGCGUCGAGGCCCUCGUGGCCCGGGAGAAUAUCAAGGGCGUCUAUGGCCCCUUGUAUCAGCUUUUCCGCGUGGAUGACCGGUACAAGACGGCCGUGGAAGCGACGGCGGGCGCGUCGCUUUUCCACGUCGUGGUCGAUACGGACGAGACCGCCUCGCGAAUCUUGCACCUCUUGCAGCAGGAAAAGAGUGGCCGCGUCACAUUCAUGCCGCUCAAUCGACUCCGCCCCCCGGAUACGCCCUACCCCCAGGCGCCCGAUGCCAUUGUUAUGCUCCGAAAACUUUCCUUUGACGAGCUCCUGCUCCCGGCCUUUAAGCAAGUAUUUGGCAAGACGAUCAUUUGUCCACGACUCGAUAUUGCCGCGGCGUACGUCCGAAGCACGCAGGGUUUGAAUGCCAUCACACUCGAUGGCGACCAAGUCGAUCGGCGUGGUGCCCUAAGUGGCGGGUACCACGACGCGAGUCGCUCGCGGUUGGACGCCGUGCGUCGUGUGCAGCGGUCGCUUGCGACAGUCGAAGCUGGCGAGCAGGCUCUCGCGCAGCAGCGCCACGAGCUCCACGAGCUGGAGCAGACUUGCACGCACAAGUACAGCGAAAUGCUGCGUCUCGAAGGACAGCGACACCAAUUGCAUGAAUCGCGCGCGGCAGCGCACCAUGAGCUCACGUGGCUCCGCCGCUCUGAGACGGAUGCCUACGCGCGAUGCGAGCGGCUCGAGCAGGUCGUGUCGCAGCGCCACGUCGAACAAACGAGCCUGGCGACGCGGCGCGCGGCACUCGAGGCCGAAAUAGGCACGCCGCUGGACCAGGGACUUACGUCCGCCGAGACAGACGAAUUGCGCGCCCUUUUAUCGCGGCAAAGCCACGACGAAGCGGCGCUCGCCCAAUUGACGCGUACGUCCAUGGCAUUGAGUGAGUCGAUCAGUGCGCUCAGCAGCGAGCUCGAUGAGGUGCUUCGGCGCUCGCAUGCCGACUUGGUCGAACGACUCGAGAUGCCGGACGUCGGCGCGAAUAGUGAUGCGCUGCGACAAAGCACGGCCACCAACGCUCAGCGUCUAGUCGAUGCACAGGAGCAGUACGACCGCCUCGCAGGCGAGCUGGCGGAGAUCGAACAAGCCAUGCAUGCGAUCCGUGGCCAGGACGAUAUGCAUGCGGAUGACGUCGCACGCCAGCGGCACACGGCAGAACGCUUUGCGGCGCGCAAGCAGCGGUUGGAGGCGCAGCGCGAUCGCAUCAAUGAGCGCAUCCGCGACUUGGGCAUGCUGCCUGAGGAAGCGUUCCAGCGCUACCAGUCACGCUCGACGGAGCAGCUCGCGACGCAGCUACAAAAGGUCCGCGCCUCGCUGGACGAGGUGGCACAUGUGAACAAGCGCGCCGUCGAGCAGUUUCAGGCCUUUUCCAAGCAGCGCGAUGCUCUGCUGCAGCGACACGCAGAUCUGCAGGCAUCGCACGCGUCGAUCACCGAGCUCAUCGACGUCCUGGACGCUCGGAAACAGGCGGCGCUGGAUGCUACGUGCACGCAAGUGGCGUCUCACUUUGCGGCCGUGUUUGCCGAGCUGGUCCCGGGCGGACGUGGUCAGCUGGAGCUGCAUCCCGACGUGGGCGUGUCGAUCCAUGUCACCUUCCACCAGAACUCCAUGCGCAUGUCGCAGCUGUCCGGUGGUCAAAAGACGCUCGUCGCCCUCGCCCUCGUCUUUGCGAUCCAGCAGAGUGAUCCCGCGCCCUUUUACCUGUUUGACGAGAUUGAUGCGAAUCUCGACACGCAGUACCGCACGGCUGUCGCCCAAAAGGUCUACACCCUGGCACGCGACGCGCAAUUCAUUACGACUACGUUCCGACCCGAGUUGGUCGAGCGGGCCGACAAGCACUUUGGCGUGCUGUUUGGCCCGCAAAAAGUCUCUUCUAUCGUCGACAUUUCUCGGGCAGAGGCACGCGAUUUUGUUGAGGCCGUAGAAGCUUAG